CUUAGUCAACCAAUUAAAAUUGAUCGGAAUGCUUGGAUGGUGGGAAAUGUGAAAAGUGAAAUUACAGAAUCGUGGAUUGUUUGAUCUGCCGAUAAUUAAGAAACCGUGGAAGAAACUAACCGACCAAGUGAAUGGUUGAAUACCCAUAUUGUGUUUCCUACGGUUAGGUUAGGUUUAAUUUCACCAGAUCGCGCAGAUUUCUUUUAGAAUCAACAAUUCGACUACGGCUAUUUGUUUAUUGUUUUACUUUUGGAAUUAUAACAAAGAAAAAUGAAUGCAAGUAGAAUGUUAAUAAAUUUGGCGAAAAGGUCGUACGGUGCUCAGAAAAGUUGGAAAGUACGUCCGAACCCUGGCAUACAGAGGAGAGCGGACAUGCUAGAAGACGACAUAGAAAAGGAUUUGGAAUCUUUUAAUGAAUUCGAUCUGGAAGACGCGGAGCCGGAUUUUUCACAGGCUCACAAGUCCUAUUCUAUGCAUAAACAAGAAAUGGCUGAAGCUAAGGAAAAAUUAAAACUGCGCAUAGUGGCUAGAAAGUACUUCAAGGAACAUGAACCGAACCUUUUAACGUACAUUGAAAAGCAGCAAAUACGUCACUUGCACGAGAGCGAUUCGCUGGUUUAUACUCCAGAAAAAUUGAGCGAAAGUUUCCCUGCAUUACCUCACACUAUACGUAAAAUUAUCAAAGUUAGAUGGCACGCUAGAAAUGCAGACAGGGUUUUGAAACAUGAUCAGCAGGUUAUUAACAAUUGGCAAAAAUUUAAACGAGGAGAAUUGCCAUUGGAGCCAAGAAUCAGACAGCACUUGGAAAAGUUUAAGAAUCGAAAAAUUACUUUGCCUGACAAAGCGGAGGUGGAACAAAAACUCCUACCACCGCCACCGGAAUUCAAAAAACCACAGAGUCAACUAUACACUGGAAUAAUACAGAACUACUUGAAGGAGAAAAAGGGGCAUGACGAAAAUAACGAAGUAGUUUGCCUUUCUGGGAGUGAUGAAGUCGACAACGGUUCCGAAAACAAUUAUGAAAGCAAAGACUUAAUGCACGAGUACAGCAAAAAUUCAGUGGAGAAUAACCUCACGUUCAAUCCAAACCAAAACCAUCACGUAAUCAGCCUUAGGGAUACUAAAUCAUUGAAGACAAGGAUCAGGAAUUCAGACAAGCCUCUUACUUUGGACAAGUUUUUUGAGGAAUCUGUGAAAAAUAUGGGUACCAUACCAUCGUUGGAGGACAAGGUCCUGAUGGAUACAUAUAAGAAGAAAGUGGAGUUAGAAACUAUGAAGAAUCAGAAAAUGGAAAGCGUCGAUCGAUCUAGCCUUCAAAAUUUUUCUGCAUCAGCAGAGAGUAAACUGCCGAUGGCUGCGGUUGAGAGACGAAAUGAGGCAAAGAAUGUCGAAGUGCCAGAUGAUUCCAAGGAAAUGGGGCUGCAGACAUAUGUCAAAGUAUGGGAAAAAAAAGUGAUUCGGGAUGAACAUUACAGUGAAGUUAUAAAAAUUCCAAAGGAUAAAUACAAGAAAGGAAAACUAUACAAAAUUCGGGACUGCUUUUACGAUGAUGAUGGAGAAUUUUUGUACAGAGUACCCGGACUCAAGGGCUAAUUCAAAUAAAUUGUAAAGGCAUCAUUUGUUUUUCAGAUUUGUUCACGUGGAAUAAAUCAUAUAAGCU